GGCCAUCUUCCUCAGCAGACUGCAGUAGUUGAGGGAGGGGAACGAUUGGAUCGGCGCUUGCCAGCUCAUGUCUGUGUGGUCUCCGCGCUCAGAGGAGGGAGGCGGACUGGGCCGGAUGGUGUUCUGCUAGUUGGAGGUCCCGCACGCUUCUGCUUCCGUGACUGUAGGAGAAGACGCCCCGGCCCUCGCCUUCCGCGGUGUCCACCGUCCGGACUGAGUGGGAAUCAUGGGGGUCAAAGUUCAGCGUCCUCGUUGUUUUUUUGAUAUUACAGUCAACAAUGUACCUGCUGGAAGAGUCAUCUUUGAACUGUUUGCAGACAUUUGUCCAAAAACGUGUGAUAAUUUCCGAUGUCUCUGCACAGGUGAAAAGGGCAUUGGGAAAAUCACACAGAAGCCAUUGCAUUACAAAAACUGCAUGUUCCAUCGAGUGGUGAAAGAAUUCAUGAUCCAGGGAGGUGAUUUUAGUGAAGGAAAUGGAAGAGGUGGGGAGUCUAUCUAUGGAGGCUUUUUUGAAGAUGAGAACUUCUCAGUUAAGCACAACAAGGAAUUCUUGCUGUCCAUGGCCAACAGAGGCAAAGACACUAAUGGGUCACAGUUUUUCAUAACAACAAAGCCAACGCCACAUUUGGACGGACUUCAUGUUGUUUUUGGACAAUUGAUAUCUGGACAGGAAGUGAUCAGGGAGAUUGAAAGUCAGAAAACAGACGCCUCCAGCAGGCCAACAGCGGAAGUCAGGAUACAGAAUUGUGGAGAGCUCGUCCAUGUUCAGAAGUCAAAAUCUAAAAAAGAAAAGAAAAGACACAAGUCCUCAUCUUCCAGUGACACUGAAGGUUCAAGUGAUUCCGACUCGUCUUCUGAUUCGUCUUCUGACUCGGAGGAAAAAGCCAAGAAGAAAAAGAAGAAACAUAAGAAAAAUUCAAAAAAGCAGAAGAAGGAGAAAAAAAAGCGUAAGAAGACCAAGAAAAGUUCUGAGAGUGAAAAUGAAAAUGAAGAUCAAGAACUUCAAGUGACAUCCACUGUCCGUCCAGAAGAGAUCCCAACUGUGCCAGAAAACAAGUUUUUGAUGAGAAAGAGCCCUCAAAGAGCUGAGGAACAGGAAAGCAGAGUGAACAACAGAGAACGUGAGCGGGAAAGCAGUUCGCUUUAUCAGAGAAGACUCUUAGUAACCAGGUCUGGAAGGAAGAUCAAGGGUAGAGGCCCAAGACGCUACCGCACACCCUCAAGGUCUAGGUCUAGGGAUCGGUUUAGAAGAAGUGAGACUCCCCCGCACUGGAGACAGGAAAUGCAGAGAACCCAAAGAAUGAGAUAUUCUAGUGGAGAACGUUGGAUCAAGGGAGAUAAGAGUGAAUUGAAUGACAAGGAUAGCCAGAAAAGCCCCGUCCGUGGAAGAGAAAGGAAACAUUCUGAUCAAAGAGAAAAUUCUGAGAGUCCACACAAAAAAAGUGAUCACGGGAAGAGAAGUAAAGACCACAAACGAAGCAGCAAAGACAGGGAAUCUAAAGAUGCUGAAAAUGAAGAAAAACGGAAUAGAAAAAGAACAAGAUCAGAAAGGAGUGAAAGCAAGGAGAAUUUAAAAACCAAUAGGGAUAAUCCAAGCAAACGUAAAGACAGAAGCAGUUCAAGAAGUAAGGAAAGAGGGCACGAGAGGGGAAGAGAUAAAGAAAAGCACUCUAAUAACAAAGCAAAAGACAAAGAGAGAAGCAGGAGUAAAGAGAGAUCGAGGCACAGUACUUCAAAAAAUGAGAGAGGGCGGAGUAAAAGUAAGGAAAGGGAUAGAAGCAAAGAGCGAGGUAAAGGCAAGGAGCAUGAUAAAAGCAAGGAGCAGCAUGAAAAAGCAAAGAGCAAGGAAAGAGAGUCUGAGAAAGCAAAACAUAGAUCUAGUAGUAAAACUAAGGAACGAAGCAAAAGCAGAGAGGCUAGUAGUAAAACUAAGGAACGAAGCAAAAGCAGAGAGGCUAGUAGUAAAACUAAGGAGCGAAGCAAAAGCAGAGAGGCUAGUAGUAAAACUAAGGAACGAAGCAAAAGCAGAGAGGCUAGUAGUAAAACUAAGGAACGAAGCAAAAGCAGAGAGGCUAGUAGUAAAACUAAGGAACGAAGCAAAAGCAGAGAGGAUAAUCGAAGAGCUCGCUCAAGAAGCAGAGAUAAUGACAGAACCAGGAGUCAAGACCAUGCAAGAAGCAAGGAAAGAGACUCAAAGCGAAGAGGUCGUACCAGAUCCAGAGACCGAAAGGGAACUCCAGAGAGGUCCAGAAAUAGAAGAAGUAGAAGUAGGAGAGGCUCAAAAUCUUCAGAUAGAGAGGGCAGUCAAAGCAAAAGCAAAGACUCCUCCAGAAGGGAGGAAAGUAGCUCUCAGAAGAAGAACACAGAGAGGGAAAGCCAUAAAAGGAGGCAUUCUCGUAGCAGUAGUCCAGACAGUAAACUGGGCCGGAGGUCCAGUAGAAAUCAUACUAGUCCAGACUCCAAUACAGUACAUAGUACUCACGGAGAAGACCGUUCAUCCCACCGAAGAAGCCAAGACAAGGAGAAAAAAAGGUCUUCACAUGGCAAGGAAACCAGCAAAAAGUCUUGCAGUCGUGAAGCGUGAUUCUUCCAGCGCAAAAGAAACAAAAUUAAAUAACCUGUCAAGUCCUAAGAGUAUUGAUAACAACAAUGAGAAAUGAAAUAUAAAUACUACCUACCUAAACUUACCCUAAAGGACAUUCAGCUUUCUGUUUUUUUUUUUUGUUUUUUUUUUAAAGCAAAAACUUUAGGUUCCAUGUUUUUGUUAAUCCUCAGUCUGAAUCAUUUGUAUUCAUGACAUUUUAAUGAACUUUCCAAAAUUAUUUUUAGAUGUAAAACCGUGUCAAGCACAGGAUGGCUUUCUCCUGAGUUGUGUAUGAAAUUUGGCUUGAUUUAAGAGAAAAAUAUAUUUUCUGCAGGCGUAUAAAAAAAGUGCAUGUUCUAUAAUUAAAAUAAUGCUAUUAACAAACGUCAUUACCAGUAACCCUGUUUUAAAGGAUUGUCCAAGGUGUUUUUGUUUUUUGGUUUUUUAGGCAGGGAGCCUAUUGGAAUAAUAAAAUAUUGUACUUACUGUCUCUGAUCCCCCACUGUUCCUGUGCAGCCGCUCUAUCCUCCCUGCCUGGCUUUGUUUUCUUUACUGCAGUGAUGAUGUGGCUGUAUACCGCAUGUGACCGCUCCAGAUACCAUUGAGGCCAGUGAUUGGUCACGUGUGGUAUAGGGACACCUCGUCACUGCAGCCAAAACUUGAUAUCAUGGCUGCAGUGAUGGGGAGGACAGAGUGACUGCUGAAAUGGAGGGGUUUAAAUGGUAAAUCUAACUUCUUCCUCUUUUUUUUUUUGCUAUAAUGGGUUCCCUGACUUAAAAAAUAAUAAUUAACUUGGACAACCCUUAACUGGUAUGCUCAUGGUAGAAACGGUUUAUUGUGCGGUACUGUGCAUUAAAGGCCAGUUCUUCAACCUGGAAUUAGGACUUUUGGCUGCAAACAGGUGAUGAAAAUACACAGUGGCUAAGUUCUACAUUCUCAGUGAUCAGUGUAAUCUAAGGCUUCGUAUUUGGCCUAUGAGAGAUCCAUUGCUUUGUUUUUCUGUUUUGUGCAUUUUUAUGGCGGUCAAGGGGGCUCAAAUGGAUCCAAAACAAAGGGAAAGGUGAAUGAAAAGUAAUUUGGUGUACACUGUUGAUAUGGAAAGUGUAAAUUGCCCAUGAGUCACUAUAAAAUAUUUUUUAUUUAUUUUUUUUUUUUUGUGGAUGGGGGGGGCACGCAGACACUUCAUUCCCAUGUGACUAGUAACCAUAUGUGAAAGAAAGUUGCAAGUGACUUUGCAGACCACACCUGAGUUGCAGUGACUUUGCAGUUUUAAGCUUUUCACAAUGGGAGCCUAUUGGUACGUAUGGCCAUGGAUGCCUAUACAGUGGCAUACGUUGCAACCCUCCUUCGGAAAUGUGCAUUGGGAAAUUCUCCCGACAUAUACCUUAGAGGGCUCCAAUGGUAUGUGAAUAGAGCCUUAUUGCAAUUUGCAGAUGACUCAGUGGAGCCGAGGAUCCCCCAUAUAAAAGCUAAUGUGAGUCCAAGAAAGAAAUAUUUAGUUAAUUGUUGACAAGACUCCAAGGAGAACAUAUCCCCGUCUUCUGUGAGUGUCUCAUACUUUUUUUUUUAAAUAGUUAGCUGAUUGCUUAUUUACCUGAUGUCACAAUCUGCUUUUGUUUUCCCACAGAACCUUAUUAGUUGGUUUCAAGAUUUUUUUUUAUUAAUGAUGUUCCAAUGUUUCUGUAAAGUACAAAUCAAUUGUUUGCUGUAUCCAGUGCUGUUUGUUCUUUAGCAAUGUAUAUAAUCCCUAUGAGGCAGUACCAUUAAAGGUGAGACAUGUAGACAUGUUUCAGAAUUUAGGCA